UAUUAUCAAAAAUCCAAAACCCAUGAAUUUUUUUUUUUUUUUAAUUUUGUUUCUCUUUUUCUUCUUCUUCUCACCAUCAACAACAAUACUUCUCCCUAUCCAGCUUGAACAUAUAGAUUUGGGUAAAUAUUUUGAUAUUUUGAAUGAAAGCCCAUCCAACCUGAGUGAGUUAAUCAAAUUGGAGCAGAGCAAAGGGACCUCGCUCGGUGAUUGCAAAGAAAUCAUGAAGGUGGCAUUCCAUUGAUAGGAUUCAUAGGGUUUUUUUGUCAAGCUCAUCUCCACCCCCAUCAACAACAUCAUUGUUGGAUCUGGUUAUAUGCUAGGAUAGUUGCUUGAAGGACUAAUUAGAGCCAUGCUACCAUGCUAAAUCUCUCUAACUUCAUCAUUUUUUGUUUAGAUCUUUGACUCCGUGAUUUUUGCUUCAAUUGUUGAUCUAGGUUUUUGUUGUUUUCUUGAUUUGGGAUGUCUAUAAGUGUGUUCACUAUUCAAUAUCUCCUAAUAAUUGAAUUAUGUUUUU